UUUUAUUCACCCUGGACCAUGGCUUCGAACAGUGUCUAUCUCUUUCGUCAUAUACAAACAAAGCAAAUUCUUGUUAGCUUAAAGCCCAACAUGAAGUCUAAAGUAUUGAAUCAACUUGCUUCCACACAACGUCCUGUCGCUUUAAGAAAAGAUCUAUGGCGUCCCUUGGUUGCUUUGACAGGCUUCCAAACACCUCAAACAGCACAGGCAGUAUCAGACGCUUUUUUGCAACGUUCAAAGACCCGUCAACUCGAUAUGGCUACUAGUCCUGAACACCUUGCUAGACCUAAACGCUUGAGAGUGGUGGAUGAAAAGGACUUGAUUGAAAAAUCAGUUAUGUCACUAUGUGAAUCUUUAGAAGCAGUAGCCAAGCAUGAGACUCAGGUAUUGGCUCUUUGGGAGCAACCUCAGUUUAUGGAAUUGAAGGGGGAUGCUGAAUGGCCAGCAUUUUUACAGCAUGGACAAUUAGAAUUAAGAAAUAACCGAUUCGUAAAGGAAAAUGUAGCAUAAACUAGAAAAGACAAUAAAGACAUCUAUAUACAUCCCCU